UGGCUCCAAAUUGCAUCGAGGAGUGAACUAGCCAUAGUGCAGAACAACAGAGAGGAGGACACACGCGACCUGGAAUAUUAAGGAACUUCCAGGACUUUAAGUUUGGACACACUUUCAGAGCAAAGAACAGUCACCACUUUUGGCAUGAAUAAUAAUCAGGUCACACCUCCUCCAUCUUAUGAUAACAUUGGGUUUCGGCAUGACGAUGGAAGACCCCCUGCAUACAAUCAAAUUCAGAGUCUGUACCCCCCUAUCCCACACAGUACUGUCCCACACAGUACUGUCCCACACAGUACUGGCCCACACAGUACUGUCCCACACAGUACUGUCCCACACAGUACUCCACAGUAUGUCCCCUCCAUUCCUUACAUCAACACUCACCUGUCUACACCUGAUGUACUCCAGACACAAAAGAAAGGUCCAAGAAGAUGUCAUUGGAAGUACAUCUUAAGCACAUUAAUGUGUGUUCUUCUAGUCGUAGCAGUUGUGUCCGUAUUGCUCUGGUACUUUUUGUUUUACCAAUGUUUUACGGGGAGGUCUUGUGGUGGGAAGUGCCUAAGUCACUCACAGUGGUGCGAUGGCGUAAAGGACUGUGCUGAGGAAGAGGACGAGAGCCAGUGUUUCCGAGUUCGAGGCGCAAACUUCCUGCUGGAAAGUUACUCAUCAGUCCAGCAGUCAUGGAUCCCAGUUUGUGCUGACCACUGGGACAGCACUCACGGGAAGGCGGUAUGCCAGCAGAUGGGUUAUGAAGGAGAGGAUUAUGGGAGUUUCACUCAAACCAGCUCAGGCUCUGCUUCCCAAGGAUACAUGAAACUGAACCCGACCAGCGACGGCUCACGAGUGCAAACACAGCUCAGUUUUAGUUAUUCCUGUUCAUCCAGGGCAGUUUCACUCACUUGUAUUGCUUGUGGGCUGAGUUCAGCAGGGCCCAGUUCCCGUGUCGUGGGUGGCACUGAAGCGGUGAACGGGGCGUGGCCAUGGCAGGUCAGUCUUCAGAUCCAAGGAAAGCACAUCUGUGGAGGCUCCAUCAUCAGCUCCAUGUGGAUCCUGUCAGCGGCACACUGCUUUCAAUCAUAUAAUCGACCAAACAUGUGGAAGGUACAAUAUGGUGACGUCAGUUUGUCCACGAUGAGAACACAGUUACCCAAGUCCGUGUCUAAAAUCGUCAGUCAUGAAAACUAUAAUUCACAUACAAACGACAACGACAUUGCUCUUCUGAAGCUGAGUUCACCUUUGACCUUUUCAUCCAGAGUUAAACCAGUGUGUCUGCCCAACGUCGGGGUGGAUCUGUCUGCAGAGCGGCAGGCCUGGAUCACAGGAUGGGGAGCACUGCAGGUAUCGGGAUCGACCCCUGACAAAAUGAACCAGGCUGAGGUGACUAUUUACAGCAGAGCCACCUGUAACGUCCCCUAUGUGCUGAAUAAUCAAGUCACAAAGACGAUGAUCUGUGCAGGGAAACUGUCGGGAGGAGUGGAUACGUGCCAGGGAGACAGUGGGGGCCCUCUGGUGGUCAAGCAGGACGGUUUAUGGUGGCUGGCAGGGGACACGAGCUGGGGCAUUGGAUGUGCAUCACAAAACAGACCAGGAGUCUAUGGCAAUGUCUCCUACUUCAUUAACUGGAUUCAUGUACAGAUGCAGAAUUACUAAAGACUUUCACAAAUCACUGUCACACCUGCACUUUGAAAUAAAUAUCUUGCAAUGAGAUUAUUUUUUUGUCUUAUCAAUCAUAUUAAAACACACCAAAUGUAUUUUGUAAACUUUUUCUUUUUACACAGAUUAUGUAUUUAUUAUUUUCCC